GAGCCGCUUGGGACGGAACGCCUCCCCCCACAAUGCCGGCCGCUCACGUUGACGAGCGUGCGUUACCACGUUGCGUUAAAUAACUGCGUAUAUAUGCAUUACGUUACUGUAUAUUCGCACUGUAUUCAUACGUGCACUAAAGAAAAAGUCUUUAAAAAAUAUUGCUAAGUGUAUAUUUUGCUUCACUCAUUUUGAGAUUAAUUCAUUACCAGAUUGUGAAAGGUGGUAGAGGCUUUGGGAGGUCUCCAUCCAGCAGUGGACUCACCAUGCCAGAUGAUCUGCUGAUGCAAAGUUGUGCAACGUUUGUUUGAGAUAAUUUGUUUAAGUUUAUGCGGUCACUUAAAUUCAUUGUUCGUUAUGGUUUAAAAUAUGGCCAAACGAAGGCCUUCCCAUACAUUGGCAAUCUCUUGGGUAUUCCGUGAUGCCGCAAUCCACUGCACUCCUGCAGAUGAACGGAUCUCAUGGGGCUCCAUCUCCGCAGAGGUUAUUCUCUCGGGUACGUUCUCUCCUUGGGCUGCCAAUCCAUCGCCAGCCUUGUUCAUCAGCGGUUAUCCCUUCUUGCGAUGCAUCCUGCCCAAGCCAACAUACUUCGUUUUUUAAAUCAAUAAGAUUUGUUACAGAACUUUUUCCGUGAUCCAUGUGCUCUUCUUUGCAUUACCCCAGAGUAAUUUCAAGUGAGCACUUUUCGUUUGUUUGUUUAUUCAUGAUCCGUGUUUCCUGAUCCAUAUGUCAAAGCUGGAAAUAUGCAGUCAUUGAAACAAUCUUCAAGCAUUUUGCCAUUGCUGCAUUACACAAUCCAUGUUUGAUGUUCAUUGUGAAAUUGCCUGUGAAACAGGCUGCUUGAAUUAACCUCUUGAUAACAGUUAUAAAGUCGUCUCUGUUUUGCUAAAACUCAACAGGCACUUAAUAGCUGAAGUUGAUGGCACAUUUUUGGUAAACGUCUUUAAUAGGCCAGAGUGUUUGCUUUCUGUAAAAAGUGCUAAAUGUAUUGUAAACACGAGUGUGUUUCCCCCACAGGCGUGUAAGCCUCUCGACGUUUGAUUUUGCCAUAACCAAACCCCUGAUGGUUGUGCAAUAAAUGUCAGCGGGAAUAAAGCGGUGCAAAGUAACGUUGCAAUUGUAUAGUACUUUAUUUUUAGGAGUGCCUUCCAGACAUGUAACACAAUCGGGUUUACAAAGUAAUCGAAUAUUUAUGCGACGUGGGUAUUUAUGCCUUGGUAAAAAAACAAAUACCAGGUUUUUUUUUAUUAACAUUUGUAAUGCUUUUUUUAAAUUACCGCACAGCAAAUAAAACGCAUGGGAAGUGCGAUGAGGCCGACCCGACAAUAAACAUUGCGUUCUGCAUUGAAGUUAAGCAUCCUCGUUACUUGUUUGGUCCUUGUAGGAAAGGCAGUUCUGGCAACUGGCUCACAACAAGACGAGCACACACAUGCGGCGAUUGUACAGCAGGAUGGACCUUCGCGAUUCCCGCCACCGCUCCGGCUUCCGCGCACGGCUCCGCUCGGCUAGUCUGGAACGUGGUCGAAACUCACGGUCCACUGGCAAACGAUAACAAGCCGCAUGUGCAAGAAGAAUACAGUGCAAAUUAGAAGCGUGCAGCAAGAGGGCUGGACCUGACGGGCCUCCGGCGAGCUAAUUGCUUAGAGCCACGCUAGGUCACUCGUCCACACAGCCGAGAGGGGAAGGAGUAGCGACAAGAGGCGGGCACAAUGCAUCCUGGAACAACAAUGCUGGGCAACGCAAAGUGGCAAAUGGCUCAGCGUCUGCAUGUGAGCGGAAGAGGCGUCCACGCGCAUGUUCGGCUGCCUCCCAUCGAGCCACUCAUUGGGGCUACGGCUGCGAGCACCGUCCCAGUGGAAAAAUCGGCCUGUGGAACCUACAGCAGGGCGGGAUUUUUCCGAGCACGGAGUCUGUCGCAUUCCGGAGACCGCCGGGGGACUGGAGGACGAGACGCGUGCUCGGGCAAUGAACGGGAGGCGCUGCUUAAGUCAAAAACUAUUUUAGACUUUACCAAAGGCAAUGGCAAACUGUUGCCACCUCGCGAACGUUUUCAAGCCAUAGCAAUGAAAACCAUCAGUCAAAAGACAAAAUGUGUAUCGGAUAACCACGACGCGUGCUUCCACAUGCACAUCAACAGCACUUCACCCAGCAUCUCCAGGAAGAUGACGGCACGCAAAAUAUCAGCGAGGUCAGGUCCGAGCAACGACGAGCCCUCGGGAAGAGCUCCCCUGACAACCAGCGCUGCCACAAUUCCUGCUCAUAACUCCUCCGCCGACCUUGACACUCUCGACGCGGCCAGGCCAAAUGGAACACGAGUGGAAUCCACGGGCGGCCACGGCUCGCUUACAGAACGCACGGACGAAAGAACGGCAACGUGCGGGGCUGACGUGCGUGCGAGGCGCUCCGUGAAAAAACCCCUCAAAUCCUCCCUGAAGAAGUCCUUCGACUGGAAGGCCCAUUCCUUGAAGAGCGACAAAGGCUCGGCCAAACGGUGGGGCGGCGUGGCCGAAGGGCAGCGCGGUCGCGUCGAGGGCGCCGCCGAGCAGCGUCCCCGGCACACAUUGACGGAGCGUGGGCAGUGCAGCCCGUGCUCCCCCGCCAGGCGUCAUCUCGACGACGCCACGCCGGCUUGCCGGGCGCACGGUGGCUGUCGGCAGCCCGGGGGGACGCGCCGCCCGCGCUCGCUUCGCGUGGCUCGCGGCGCCGCCAGCGCGGGCGAGGCGUCCCCGAGGGCGGACGGGAAUUCCCGCGACAGAGGCCGUCUCCCGAGCGGGUGCCCAAGUCCCGACAAGAACGCGAAUGGGGCCGCGGGGCGCGUGCUGCCGGCGGCGCGACCGUCACGAGGCGUGCGCGGGGAGCUGGUUCUACACGAGUCGGGAGAGUUCGCCGGCGUGCCGGUCCCCAGGAUAACGAUGACGUGCGCAACUCCGCCGCCAGCGCUCUCGGUCACGGGGGACGGCGAGUUUGCCGGGCAGUAGGGUACCGUGUAAUCCAGCGCUCGACGUGGAUACCAAUUUUGCCCGGUCGGUGCGUUUUUUUUUUUAUUUCGAUGUGGAAGGUGAAAGUGGCCAUGGAGAAGCUUGAAAUGGGUUCUCGUGGUCACGACGCACGCGUUAAACCGCGCGUGCAAGAAUAAUUAUUUAUUUACGGUUUGUAUGUGUGGUUGGGUCACGUGUCCCCCCCGCAGCCGGCUCUGGUAAUGAGAUUCCAUAUGCCCUGCGAUGGCAAAAAUGCAUCGAUUCCUGAUUCCAACUGUGAACACGGAUCAUUCAAAUGGAUCGAGUCAUCAACGAGAAUCAGGAAAAUGUUAUCAAUUUGCUAUGCGAGUGAGGGUGGAGGGGGGCGGGAGUGAUAGAGGGUGAAUUGUUACCCUACUUAAACAAAACUGGUUUUACGAGUUCUAAAAAGCCAAGUGUUUUUAUUUACAAUGCUACAAGCUGAGAUCACUUCCGUGAAUAGGUUGGCAACAAUGCAUGCAGUAUACUGAAGUGGAAAGCCGAACUCUCGUUCGUAACAGAGUACAAUAUCUAUACAUUUAUAUAUAUCUCUCAUAUACCAUGCCCUGUGACCGAGCAGAAUUUAAAUGUUGCCUCAUGUCCCCCUAUGAUAUAUAUGUAAUAUACUGUUUCCCCAAACUGCAAAAAUAAACGUUUAUCGUCAUGCA